AAGCAUCCCGGCAACAGGGGGCGGGUAAUGAUCCGCGAUCCCGAGCAGAGCGGCGGCGUCGUAGCAGUAGAGAGAGGGAGAGAGAGAGAAGAGUGAUCGGCGAUAUAUAGAAGGAAUUCAGGCUUAGCACUCGUCAGUGCGAUGAAUUUCGCGUCUGUGGUUGACCCCAACCAACCCCGUCCCUCGUCCAUAGCUGCGGAAAGGAUCGGUCAACGGAGAUGGACGCUCAGCAGCUCGUGUGGAAGGGGGCAAUACCCUUGCAGAUUCAUCUCCACGAGUCCGAAGUCACCACCCUCCCUCCUCCUCCCCCUCUCCUCGUUUUAGCUCCUCGGAUUGGCUAUCUGCCGCUGCUGGUACCCCAGAUAAGGCCUCACUUCAGCAGUGCUCUGCCUCCCGGGGUCGAUACCGUCUGGUUCGAGUACAAGAGCUUGCCCCUGAAAUGGUACAUUCCAACUGGGGUUCUCUUUGACCUCUUGUGUGCAGAGCCCGAGCGGCCUUGGAAUCUGACGGUACAUUUCAGAGGGUAUCCAGGAAACAUACUGAUCCCUUGUGAAGGUGAGGACUGCGUUAAGUGGAGUUUCAUCAAUUCAUUGAAGGAGGCAGCUUAUAUCAUAAAUGGAAACUGCAAGAAUGUUAUGAAUAUGUCACAACCUGAUCAGCUGGAGCUAUGGCGCAGUGUCUCAAAUGGUGAUUUAGAAGCCUACAGACAAGUAUCGUCAAAGCUUAAACUGGGAAUGAUUGAGGAUGAAUACUCUAUAAACACAAACUCAAUUACACUCAAAUCUCAAGCGCGGAGUGCUGAGACCGAUGUGGCUGGACAAGUGAGGACAGUUAGAAUACCAGUUCGAUUGUACGUUUGGACCAUUAAUGAAGAUUUUGAGGAUUUAGAAGAUGCACCUCAAAUAGAUAGCUGGGACAAGAUCUCCUACCUAAAUCGUCCUUUUGAAAUCCUCAAAGAAGACAACAAAUGCUUCACGCUGUCUGAAGCGAUCAAGACUCUUCUGCCGGAACUUUUCAGCCCUAGAAACCCUGGAAUGGAAGAAGAACGAUCUAAAGUGGUAACUGAGAACGAAAGUACAGCUCCUUCAGAAGACACAGGCGUGAGGACUGAAGAUCAAGGAGGAAGAGCAAGUGCAUCCCUGGAUUCUCAGUCGUUGGCCAACCUUGCAGAGAUCAAGUUUGUGCGGAUCCAAGGGAUUGAACCGAGACUGGAUAUUCCCUUCUCUUGGGUUGCGAAUAACCUGAUGUUCCCCGAGUAUUUUAUCCAUGUAUGUGUCUGUGUAAGAGUUGCUCAAGAAAAUAGCCAGUGAUACCUAUUAAGUAGUAUCCUCUCAUUCCUGAAAUCCCUUUUGAAGGAGUAAAUUCCAUACCGAUGAAAUUCGUUCAUUGUAAGUAAAUGUACAGGAAUAUCAUGGAAAUGUUAAUUUGGACCAUCUUGGAGAUCUGCUA